GUGACCGAAGCUGCGUCUCACUGGAACCCUCCGGAGAAGAGAUGGAGAGAGAGAUUGAGAGAGAGGAUAGAUGGGCCAUUAUGUAAAAUCGUAUUUUGAAUUUCGUUAAAACUGUGCAUUUUUUUGCUCGCAAAGGCGAACCUUUUAGUUCUUUUUGACAAAAAUACCCCUAAGAGGGCGGGGUUUAACCUGUUCAGACAACAAAAUCCUAAUCUUUUGAACUGCUCGGAGAAGCUGCAACUCUGUCAAAUGGCCUCCCCUUCCUUCACUCACUUCCCUUCAUUGCCCAGGUGGCACUUGAAUUGGCCUUUUUUGCCAUCACAAAUCCUUGUGCAGCUUCAAGUUCAUAGAUUGCAGAAUAAUUGGGGUCCUUCAGCUGUCUCAAAGAAAAAAAUGGCAGAGGCCUUAAUCCAAGAGAUGUCAACUGAAGAACCAGUUGUUGCAAAAAGGACAUCUAGAACCAAACGAAGUCCCACAAAAGGUCGGAAGAAGGUGCUACCUGAGAUUCUGGAGGAGAAAUCAGAUGGUGGUUUGACAUAUGGAGAAAGUGUUGCUCCCAAACGACAUCCCACACGAAGCAGGAAGAAGGUGCUACCUGAGAUUCCAGAGGAGAAAGUGCAGGAGGAAAGUGUUGUUCCAUCUGCAACUAGUGAAGAUCCCAAGAACAUCCCACGGAGAACUCGAAGGAAAGCUACCCUGGCUCCUAGUAGUACAGAGGAACAGAAAGCUGAGAAGGGGAGGAGAUGGAGGAAAACUAAGAAAAUUGAUGGCUUGGAGCAUGAACAUAGUGGGGAGGAACUUAGUGAUCAUGAAGGUUUCACAUUCACUGCAAAUAUGGAGGAUGGAAGUGAGGAAGACCUAGAACUUGAAAUAGAUGAGGGAGAAGAUAUUAGCUUUACUUAUGGUUGGCCUCCUCUUGUUUGUUGCUUUGGUGGAAGUGCUCAACAUGCUUUUUUACCCUCAGGAAGACCAGCUAAUAGACUCAUAAACCAUGAAAUGCAUGAGACAAUGAAGGAUGCAUUGUGGACUCCUGAAAAAUUUGUUAGGGCUCCUGGGGGAUCUUCAAGUUCAGUCGCAUUGGCGCUAGCCCAUUUGGGUGGCAAAGUUGCUUUCAUGGGAAAACUCGGAGAUGACGACUUUGGUCAUAGCAUCCUAUACUAUUUGAAUUUGAACAAUGUUCAGACACGUUCAGUUCGCAUUGAUAGCAAAAAGAGAACAUCAGUCUCAAAAAUGAAAAUUCGUAAGAGGGGUGGCUUGGGAAUGACCUGUGUUGAGCCUUCUGCUGAUGAUUCUUUAUUGAAGUCUGAAAUUAAUAUUGAUGUGCUGAAGGAGGCAAAAAUGUUCUACUUCAACACAUCAUCCCUGAUCAACCAAAACAUGAGAUCAACUGCAUUGCGAGCCAUAAAGAUUUCAAAAAAAUUUGGAGGGGUAAUUUUUUAUGACCUAAACCUCCCAUUGCCACUGUGGCAGUCUCAGGAAGAAACUAAGAUUUUCAUGCAGCAAGUAUGGAAUCUCUCAGAUGUUAUUGAGGUCACCAAGCAAGAACUUGAGUUUCUGUGUGGGAUCAAACCCUCUGAGAAUUUUGACACUAAAGAUAAUGACAAGUCUAAGUUUGUCCAUUAUGGGCCAGAAGUAAUUGCCCCACUUUGGCAUGAAAAUCUCAAGGUUCUGUUUGUGACAAAUGGGACUUCCAAGGUACACUACUACACUGAAAAUGACAAUAGCUUUGUUCGUGGGACGGAGGAUGUUCCCAUUACUCCUUUCACUUGUGACAUGUCUGCAUCUGGAGAUAGCAUUGUUGCUGCUCUCAUGAGAAUGUUGACAGUUCAGCCAGAUCGCAUCACUGAUAAAGGUUAUUUGGAACAUUCAAUUGGGUAUGCCAUUAACUGUGGGUUUGCAGACCAGUGGAAGCUUGCGCGGCAACGUGGCUACCCUCCUAAACCUGGUGUGGAAGAAGAAGUGAUCCCAGAUGCAAAUGGUUUAAGAUCAAUAACAGAAAGGGAAUACCGAACUCGUGUAAGUUGAUUAAGGGUGUUGCAUUGAUUCAUAUUGCACAUUGCGCCUUAUGACUUGAUGGUUUGGGAUCAUUCUGUCCCCAGUGUAGUGUGGCUGAGCGUUGGUUCCCUUGCUCUUGGUUUUCAUUUGAAACCCAUUACAUUGGGGUUUACCCUGCUCGGUGGGGGGAGAAAGGUAAAAGGGGAAGGCCUGUUGUGGAGGGGGAGGGGUGAGCAAUGGGUCUCAAGUGUUACAGUGUACAAACUAGGAAGUUUUCUUUGUUGACAUUGCAUUAGAGGUAUGAUACUUGACAAGCAAGAUCAUUUUGCGCAAAUAUAAUGUAUGUUAAGCAUUGUGCAACUGCCGUUCCUUUGUUGAUCUUAACCUGUUGAAUCUGCAUGCUAGCAUUAGCACUUCUAUUA